CUUUUCAUGCAUUCUUGUCAAACAGUUCCAUAACUAUGCAUUGGACAAUGUUAUGAGACCACAGCAGACAGAAGUUUGUGCUACAGAUAAAGUCUGCAGUUGCAGGCAUUGUGGAGGCAAGGCAGAUGGGACAGACUCCUUGAUUUGUGAUUCAUGUGAGGAGAUGUACCAUGUAUCUUGUAUUGUGCCGGCUUUGAAGGAAUUACCUGAAAAAAGCUGGUUCUGUGCCAAUUGUACUGCUAUUGAAAUAAGAUCUCCACAUGAUAAUUGUGUGGUGUGUGAAAGGUUGAAUGCCCCAAAGUCCUUGAACAACAUUGUUGGUGAUGAGAGCAUUCCUACAAAUGAUGAAACACACAAUGAAUUGGAGGAAAAUUCAAAUUGUACAUAUGGGAUCGAGGUGUCCAUAGGGAGAAGAAACUUGCCUGAUUGCAAAAUUUGUAGGGAGGAAGUAGAUGGAGAAGAUGUACGGAUAUGCGGUCACAAUUCAUGCCCUAGUAAAUACUAUCAUGUAAGGUGUUUGUCCACUAAGCAGGUCCAGUCAUAUGCUCACUGUUGGUACUGCCCUUCUUGUUUAUGUCGAGUUUGCCUCGUUGAUCGAGAUGAUCACAAGAUUGUUCUCUGUGAUGGUUGCGACCAUGGAUACCACAUCGAUUGCAUGGAGCCUAAACGGACUACCAUUCCAAAAGGCAACUGGUUCUGCAGAAAAUGCGAUGCAGGGAUCCAAGCAAUACGCCGGGCUAAAAAGACAUAUGAGAAUUUCAAUUUUAGAACUGGCGAAGAUGUUUCAAAGCCUAAGUAUAAGCUUGGUAAGAAAUGGAAACAAGGACGAGAAUUGGAGAAAGAUGGAGGAAUGGACAUGCUUUUAACAGCAGCCAACACACUUAAAUUUGAAGAGAACUUGGCUAGUAGCUAGAUUGGUUAAUAAAAAGCAUGAAUUCCUUGACGGCAUAUGCAUUAACUGGUCCUAAACAUGCUUGUGAUAAAAAGAUUUUGCACUCCUGUUUUGGGUUUCUCAGAGAACUGCUGUUAUCAAGAAGAUCCUUUCUAAAUGUUUCUCAAGAAGAGUUAAUUUCUUUGAAGGAACCGAAGGCUGUGUUAUAUUUAUUAUUUGAAGGAACAAGAAACAAAGCGCUUGACAUUAACAAUCAGAAAAUCUCCAAUUUAUUAAGGGAGUGGGUGAUAAAAUUAACUCAUACCUUUGCAAGUAAAACGAGCGGCAGCUUAGAUGGGGCAACUGUAAUCUUCAAUAUUGAUUUUGUUAGAUCUGCUGAGAAGCCAGCAAAUGCAUCCGAUUAUCAAAUAUUCGUAUAGGUAUACUUAUCCUAAUCAAAACCUAAUGACCUAUCAUGUAACAUGUAUACCUGUCCUAAUAACAACCUAAUGA